AUGGUCAAUCCUUUGCUUCAGAUUGACAAUACGAGUCAUAGUCGCUGUGUUCAAGUCGCCCAUCAAGACACCCAUGAAGCGAUCGGCAACGUCAUCGAGCAACCAGCAAUCGAGGAAGCAAUCGAAGCCGUCUGGACACUACCUUCGACUGAACCUCACUUUUUACCCCACAUCCUCAACUCCAUCGAGGACAAUCGACUAUUCGUGGAUACGCUAGACUACUACACCAUCACUCUAGCGCAAAUCAAGCUCGUCUGUACAGCAGCCACCACGGAAACAGCGUUUGGAUUCCUCAACCUCAAGAAGAUCUGUUCGGCAAUCGCACGUCUUCGCAGUUCCACGUCAGAACAACCAGUACCAGCCGAGACCUUGGAUCUGGAAGAUAUUCCUACUAUUGCUGAAUACAACGCCGUUGUAUCGAGGACCCAAUCAUCGACAGCUCGAACUAGACCAGAAGAACCGCCAUCGAGACCGGAGGACGUACUCGCCUCAGCCGAACUCGUCAAGCAGUGCAACACGACCAUCAACUACGGAUCGCCGUUCUCACUCUGCCCGUACAGUUACCACGUCGUCAGAGACAUAGGACCCAGUGUCAACGCAUUCUUCGACAAGAUGUACGAUCAAUACAAGAAGUACUACGAUCGCAGUCCGAAGCACUGA